AUGCGCCGGCUUACCCCCACGCUCCGAGGCAUCGCGGGACAUUUGUUGAGAACCUCAAUCAAAUCACUCGUCGGUCAACACGACUCUCCGGUCAACGCGACUCUCCUUACUGUACCGCUAGCCAUGGCACAGAGAGUUCUUCUUCGACCGACAGGCUUCGCACUCGCGUUGCGUACUCCACGAUCAUGCCGAAAGUUUAGCACUGUCUUGGACACUCCUGUGUACCCGGUAUCUGAGCGUAACACCAACUCUGCGACCCAAUCGACAGUGUUCAAUGAUGCGCUCAACGCUACCGCUCCUCGCACGACCUGGACUAAGGAGGAGAUUUCAGAAGUCUACCACACUUCGUUAAUCGAUCUGACAUAUGCAUCGGCCACAGUGCACCGACGCUUCCAUGACCCUGCCGCUAUCCAAAUGUGUACACUCUUCAACAUCAAAACUGGUGGAUGUAGCGAAGACUGUUCGUACUGCGCGCAAUCAUCUCGAUACGACACUGGCUUAAAGGCCACCAAACUCAGUCCUGUGGAUGCAGUCCUAGAAGCGGCGCGGGUGGCCAAGGAGAAUGGAAGCUCGAGAUUCUGCAUGGGUGCGGCAUGGCGCGACAUGCGCGGUCGGAAGACGAACUUGAAGAACAUCAAAGAGAUGAUCAAAGGUGUCAGGGGAAUGGGCAUGGAGGCGUGUGUGACGCUGGGCAUGGUGGAUGCUGCGCAGGCAAAGGAGCUAAAGGACGCUGGCUUGACUGCGUACAAUCACAAUGUCGAUACGAGUCGCGAGCACUACCCCACAGUCAUCACGACGCGAACAUAUGAUGAGCGCCUCAACACCAUCAAGAAUGUUCAAGAAGCGGGUAUUCACGUUUGCACGGGUGGUAUUUUGGGCUUGGGAGAGAAAGCUCGCGAUCACGUUGGCCUCAUUCACACUGUGGCUACGCUGCCUGCACAUCCUGAAUCGUUUCCGGUGAACGCAUUGGUUCCGAUCAAAGGCACGCCUCUGGGUGAUACACCGCCAAUCCCAUUCGAUGCAUUGCUGAGGACCAUUGCGACUGCUCGCCUCGUCAUGCCGACUACCAUAAUCCGGCUCGCGGCUGGGCGUCACACUAUGCGGGAAGAGAAGCAGAUCCAAUGCUUCCAAGCUGGCGCCAACGCUGUGUUCACUGGCGAGAAGAUGCUGACCACGGCAUGCAAUGGCUGGGAAGAAGACAAGGCGAUGUUUGCCCGAUGGGGACUGAGGCCGAUGAAGAUGGAAGAAACGAUUGGUGAACAGCGCAAGGUGCCAGGACAAGAAGAUGCCGAGAUGGUCGUGGCCGCUGCGGAAGCUGAUGAAACAGCCCGUAUUCUUGCCUGAAAAGGUUGCUAUGGAGAAUACUAUGCAUAAGUCUAUACGAUGUCUUGCCAGCUUCUUUGAGCAUCACAGCCUCGCUUG